AUGAGUGAAUUUCGUUUGAUGCUGCAGUUACCCAGGGAGAUAACGCACGAGAAUGUUGUGAAGCUUGUGAAAGUUCACAUUAAUCACAUGGACAUGUCUCUUUAUCUGGCUUUUGAUUAUGCAGAACACGACCUCUAUGAAAUAAUAAAGCAUCAUUGGGACAAAGUCAACCAAUCCAUUAACCAGUAUACUGUUAAAUCGUUACUCUGGCAGUUGCUCAAUGGACUAAACUAUCUACACAGUAAUUGGACAAUAUAUCGGAACCUAAAGCCAUCAAAUAUACUGGUUAUGGGUGAAGGAGAGGAACAUGGAAUUGUUAAAAUUGCUGACUUUGGACUUGCAAGGAUAUAUCAAGCACCUUUGAAGCCAUUAUUUGAAAAUGGGGUAUUUCAAAAUUGAACCACUACCCAGGUGGAAAUAUCUGUGAAAUCCAUGCUCAGUGCACUUGUACCCUGCCAACCUGGAGAGACAUUUGUGAAUUAUCCCACGUGUCCAGUGGAUACAACAACAGAUUUUGAAGGGGCAGCCAACAUGCAACCUUCACAGACGGUAUGCAAAGAUAACUAAAAAUCCUAUUGAAACUAAAUCAUUCUAAGCUGAAAUCAUGCAGACUUAAUUUACAAUUAAUGCCUCUAAAUAUUGUAAAGUCAAGUAGAUUUAGAAUAUUCAUAGAGUAGGGCAUAUCAGAACUAAAGGAUAUGAUUCUACUGUCUUUGACCAUCUUUUUUGUUGAAAAUAUUUAUAUGUUCUAUACAGGUAAUACUCUUAGUAGUUUAGCAACUGUCCAGAUUUAAUUUAAUAUAAUUUUAUUUUUAAUUUAAUGGUAUUGUAUUCCUAGA